AUGGCUCGUCCCUCAAUCAAAGAAUAUUUAGCAUCUAACCCUGGAAAGGUUCUUGUGUUAGAUGGGGGUCAAGGUACUGAAUUAGAAAAUAGAGGCAUUGAUGUCGCAAACCCUGUAUGGUCAACUGUCCCUUUUAUUAGUGAUUCAUUUUGGUCAGACAAAUCAUCCAUGGAUAGACAGAUUGUCAAGGGAAUGUUCAAUGAUUUCUUAGCCGCAGGUGCAGAGAUCUUAAUGACCACAACUUAUCAAACUAGUUUCAAAUCCGUCUCUGAAAAUACCCCUAUAAAGACUGUUGAUGAAUAUAACACUUUAUUGAACCAUAUUGUACAAUUUUCUCGUGAUUGUAUUGGUGAAGAGAAAUUUUUAAUUGGUUGUAUUGGACCUUGGGGUGCUCAUGUUUGCGCAGAAUUUAAUGGUGAUUACGGUGAACAUCCAGAAAAUAUAGAUUAUUAUCAAUAUUUUAAACCCCAACUGGAUAAUUUUUUCCAAAAUGAUAACUUAGAUUUGAUCGCAUUCGAGACUAUUCCAAAUAUUCAUGAAUUGAGAGCUAUAUUAUCAUGGGAUGAAUCCAUAUUAUCAAAACCUUUCUAUAUUGGUCUGUCUGUUCAUGAAAAUGGCCUCUUAAGAGAUGGAUCUACUAUGGAAGACGUUGCACAACUGAUUAAAUCACUUGGCGAUAAAAUAAAUCCAAAUUUAUUGCUAUUAGGUAUCAAUUGUGUUAGUUUCAAUCAUUCUCCUGAUAUCAUGGAAUCAAUACAUAAGCAAUUGCCUAAUAUACCACUUAUCGCCUAUCCAAAUAGUGGUGAAGUUUACGAUACUGUUAAGAAGAUCUGGUUACCAAACAGUCAUCCAACUUUUACUUGGGAUGCUGUAGUUAAAAGAUAUAUUGAUGCAGGUGCAAGAAUCAUAGGUGGUUGUUGUAGAACAACCCCUGAUGACAUAAAACAAAUUGCAACUGCAGUUAAAAAAUACUCUAAGAACUAA